AGUUUUUUAAUAAGACCUGGUCUUCUUCGCCUCGGUGCAAGAAUGAUGUGGCCCGCUCACCAAAACUGCAGUGUGGUAUUUUCAAAGAGAAGCUACACCAGUGAGGGGGCCAAAAAAGUACCGAAAAUAUACACGAAAACUGGUGAUAAAGGGUUCUGCAGCACCUUUACAGGAGAAAGUAUACCCAAAGAUAACCAGAUCUUUGAAGCUUUGGGUAAUAUGGAUGAAUUGUCAUCAGCCAUAGGUUUGGCCCAAGAAUUUUGUCUUGAAAAGGGUCAUACAUUUACGGACCAGCUUGGCAAGAUACAGUGUGUGUUACACUCUGUCAUUGCCACCCCUGUGUUAUCAGCGAGAGAAAGUCACUUAAAAAGGAUCCAGUUUACCAGUGCAACAGCAGACUUAGAAAACUGGAUGGAUAUACUUACUAAAGAACUUCCACCACUGACAAAUUUUAUUCUACCUUGUGGAGGAAAGAGUAGUGUGGCUUUGCACUUAGCACGGACUGUAUGUCGAAGAGCAGAACGCAGUGUAGUGCCUAUUGUGCGGUCAGGGGAAGCAGAUCCAGGAGUUGUCGAGUUUUUAAAUCGAUUGAGUGACUACCUUUUCACUGUAGCCAGAUAUGCUGCAAUGAAAGAAGGAAAAAAGGAAACAAUCUAUAAGAGGCCUCAAUAA